GUAUAAAUGUCUGGAUUAUAUUUCUAUUUUCGAUGAACAACAUAAUAAUAUAUAUAUAUUGUAAAUUAUGAAACGAGCAUCUUCCACCACCGUCCGACUUCUAUUUAUAAACAAAUGGUACUAUUACUAUAGAUACAGCUAUACGCACCAGGCGCUCCAGCUAUGAAAUUUUCCAAACUGGAUUUAUAUUUAAUUCACACUAAUAAUUUUGUAUAACGUAUAUCGAUGGAAUGACGACGACACGAGAGACGAGACAUAUAAUUGGCAUUCACACAGCUCGCACAGCUACGUUAUUACUAUUAGACAUUAGUUAUUACUAUUUUCUGUGUUAUAGUGUUGUGAGUUAUUGUUUUUCAUUAAUAUUUAUUAUAGUGGCAUGGUGCACUAGUAAACAAUUACAAUAUUUUUAACUUCCUACAAAAUGUCGAAUUCAAAUAUUGGUUUAGACUUGGUGUGUUCAUGCGGUAAAAAAAAGUUGAACUUAAAUGAAACGAAUUGGAAGCGACAUAUUUCGUCCUGUAAAUCAGAAGAGAGACUAAAAAUCUCAAAAACAUGCAAUAAUUUAACCAAUUAUUUUUCAAGAAAAAGAGAUAAUUCUACAGUGUUUGAUGGACUUGAUGGAACAUCAUUGCAAAAGAGAAAAUCAAAUUUGCACAAUAUUUUUAAUCAAAACCGCAAAGUCAAUGAUUUAAAAGGAACUGAUAAAGCAUGUGGUAUAUCUAACGAAGACCAGAUCUCUGAACUUGCUAAAUCAUCAGGUUUAGGUACAACAAGUUUAAAUGACAUUGUUGUCAAUGAAGAUCACAUUUCUGCAGUUGAUGAUUUAGAAGGAAGUGAAAAAGCUUGCAAAAUUUCUAAUGAAGACCAGUCUCUUACUAUUUCUGUUGCAAAAGAAGUUGGUAUCGAAGAAAAAGAUCCUAUAAAAAUAAUUGCAUCUGGACCAUUUUCUUAUGAAAAAAGAAAAUUAAUUCUUAGCUGGGGUCCUCAUCAGCCUCAGAAAGAGGAUAUGUCCAAGAACUGUUUUCCUAUGCGAAACAAUAGGAGUUUUCUUCCUUCGUGGUAUAAAAAAACAUUACCUGAUGGCACUACCAGCUCAAGAGAAUGGCUUUCAUAUUCGUGCAGUACAGACCGUAUAUUUUGUUUAUAUUGUAUUUUAAUUGGAAAUGAUAAGCAGUCUGUUUGGGUCACGACAGGGUUUGGCACAUGGAGCAAGGCAACACAGAGACUAAUUAUGCAUGAGACUUCUUCCUUUCAUGUUGAAGCUUCUCUUAAAUUAAAAUUAGAAGAUCAGUGUGUGCCUCUUCAACCUUCAAUUCUUAGAGCAAGGAACACAUUUGUUGCUACGAACCGUCUAAUUGUCACAGCAAUUAUUGACAUAAUUCUCUACCUUGCUCAACACUCUUUGGCUCUAAGAGGUCACAGAGAAAAUUGGGAGACCAAUUUACGUGGAAAUUUUAAAGAUUUGGUUUGUUUAUUGGGAAAGUAUCACCCUGUUCUUGGAUCAUAUAUAGCUGGCCAACGUUUAAAAAAAAAAACAAAAUAUGAUUUCAUAUCGUGGAGAAGGCAAAAUGAACUCAUUGACGCAAUGGCUGGAUACACUCGUGGUGUCAUUCUAAAACAAAUUAAGUGUGCUAAGUUUUUCAGUAUAACAUUAGACAGUACAUUUGAUAAUUCUAGAAAAGAGCAGCUCUCCUUUGUGAUUCGCUACAUUCAUGAUGAGACUGCCGAAGCCCAUGAAAGGUUAAUCAGUAUGAAAGAAUGUGCAAAUACUUCGGCACAAAAUAUAUUUGAAAUAGUAGGACAAAUAUGUGCUAUAUAUUCUUUAGAUUGGAAGCAAUACUUGGUUGGACAGUCCUUCGAUGGUGCAAGUAAUAUUCGUGGUGCAUAUAAUGGACUUCAGGCCAUAAUUAAACGUUCUAAUCCGGCUGCAGUUUUUGUUUGGUGCUAUGCACAUCGGCUGAAUUUAGUUGUUAUUGAUGCGGUAAGCUGUUCACCCAAUGCAGUUGAUAUGUUCGGGAUUUUAGAAUCUAUUUAUGAUUUUAUAUGCUCAAGUAAGAAACGAGUGGCCUUAUUUGAUGAAUUUCAAGAAAAAAUAUAUGGAAGUACACAACGUAAACGACGCUUCAAGAGAGUAGAAACUACUCGUUGGUGGUCCCAUGAUCAUGCGCUCAAUACUGUUUUAGACACGUUUGAUGCUUUAUGUGAUACCUUACAAAAUAUCCAAAAUAAUGAAUGUUCAAGUGAUCGCAAAGGUGCUCAUCAGGCUCGGAGUUUAAAAGAAAAUAUCAUUAAAAUGCUGCAGGCCAAAGACAUAGAUCUUAUCGGAGUUAUUGAUCUAGUUAAAGAAAAAAUACAACACUUAGAAACAUGUAGAAGUGACAUAGAAUUUUCCACUGUCCUUAACCAAGUCGAAGAGUUCAAAAAGUUUUCAAUUAACGAAUGUGAAGAUUUUAAGCCGAUUCCACAUAAUCGGAUUAGACGGGUACCACGUAAAGCUGACGAAAUAGCUGUAGACGAAGUUAUUGAAGACCCAUUGCAAAAUUAUAAAAUUAAAACAUAUUUUAUAGCAUUUGAUACAGCUAUUACUCAGAUAAAAGAAAGGUUCAAUGAAAUAUCCAGUGGUUUAUUUAAGGAUCUGUCAUUAUUUUCUCGACGUCGCAUGGAAGAAAUAUCUAAUGAUCUCAAUAAAUUGCCAGUUGAUGCAUUUAAAGUAUUUUCUGAUACAUAUAGUAAAUUUGUUGAUAAGGAAGAUUUAAAAAGAGAAUAUGUACAAUUCAUAAAAUGUUAUUUUAAUUUUGAAAAAGUUAAGCUAAUUCCAACCCGUCUUCAUGAUUCUCAAUCAGACACCGAAGAUGAAUCUAUUGACCAUUUACAAAGCGACUUGGAAGAUUCUCAGAACACAGUAGAAGAUUUUACUAUCCCCAAGCUUCCUUUAAAUGGAUGCAGUUUAUCAACAGUAUUGAAGGUUGUUAAAAUAAGUGGUUUACAGUCUGUAUUUCCUGUCCUAAGCAUAGCUUUGAAAAUUGCUGUAACAUUACCUGUUGCUAGUACUACACCAGAAAGAACUUUUUCCAAACUAACAAUAAUCAAAAAUAAACUACGCAGUACCAUGACUGAAGGUCGCCUUGAAAAUUUAAUGGUACUUUCAUGUGAAAAUGACAUUAAAAUUGACUCAGACACUGUUAUAACACAUUUGCCAAUAACAGCAGCUUGUUGCAAAAAGCUUUAUUAUAUUAAUUUGUUAUACAACAGUAUGUAA